CAUUAAUUCCAAUAUGAAGAAGUUCUUCCAUGGAUGCUCAUCAAGCACAAUGUUCAUAUGUUUUCUGUUUUGUUGGACAAUUUUGCCAUCCAUAUUCCUUCAAGAAGUGCUUCUUCUUUCUUGUUCUCUUCCUUGUGUUCAUUGUAACAGCCUUGGGGUUGGCCACAUUGAUCACCAUCUUCAUCUUGAAGCCUAAACAGCCCAUUUUCUCUCUCCAAACAAUCAAAUUGGAUUCCUAUAAGCUCGGUUCUUAUUCGGACUCAACCCUGUUUGUUUCAUCUGUUGCUUCUUUGAACUUGAAUGCCCAAAAUCCAAACAGGGUUGGCAUAAGAUUCAGCCAUUCGCGGCUUCACAUUCUCUACCAAGGACUUCCCAUAGGACUGAUUCGAGUCCCAGGCUUCUACCAGCCUCCACAUAGCAUGAACAUAAGCGUAAGAACGCGACUUCUGUUGCCUUGUCUCAAUGUUAGCCAGCUCCUAGCUGGGGUGGUUUCAUCUCAAGAUGAUUCAAACAACAAUAUUGUUCAGAUGAAAAUAUAUGGUGAUAUCAAAGCUUAUGUGAGAAUAUUUCAUAUUACUUUGCCAAAAGUUAAGGUUGCUUUGGAUUGUGACAUAAAUAUUGAUUGUAGAGAGUUCACAUUCAGAAAUGGACUUUAUAACAUCAUGACACUAGUUCAGAAUCACACUGCAUCUUUUCCUUCGAACUCCCAAACAUUCUUCAAGAAGUGCUCAUUGGCUUUUUACUUGUAAAAAAGGUAAUGAGACAGAGAGAAAUAUGUUUUAGUCCAAUUUUGGGAAAUUCAAGUGCUCUUGAGCAACAACAGACAAAGGUUGGGUAUUGUGGAAAGUUGUGUUGUGAGUGGGCAAAUAGUAAAUAGUGAUCUGACUCUAAUUGUUUCUGAAUCAGAUUCACAACCCUUUUAUUGAUGACCUCCUUGACUACAAAUUGUUCAAUUCCUGAAGAGGUUAAUACCAUUCCAAGGACAAGAUCUACAGAGCUUCCAAUUAUUUCAGAUCCUGUGCUGCCUAUUUGCUACUACUCUUAAUUAAUAUGCCCCCUUGUGGUGUGGGAUACAUAUAUAUACAUAUAUUUAUUUUGAUUUAUAUAUGCAAUGUAACAAUUU